AUGGAGGAAGAAGGGAUUCUUGACCGAGAAAAUGAGACACAUAUAUGGUGCCUGCAUUAUGUCUUUUUGCCUAUAAUUAAUGAACAUAUUCGCAAUUGGAGAGAUGCGUGGAAAAUUCAUCCAAUCCGGACAGAGAGAAACAAGUCGCCAUUUCAACUUUGGGUUAUUGGGCUUGAACAUGCCAGAACAUUGGAAGCAAAUAGGAUCAUAGAAAUAUUGCAGGUAUGUAUAGACCGCUGGGCCGUACUUAUGCAAGCUCUAUUUAGAGGAACUGUUUAUUUAUUCAUAGCAUUUUUUAGUUCUAGUUUUUAAUUUUUAAACUAAUUUUUCUUUAUAUAUAGGAGCCCGUUGAGUAUUAUGGUAUUGAUUGGGCUGGACCAAUUCCUGACCAAAUGCCAGAGCAAGUGGAUGUUCCAAGUGUAGAAUGUCCAUUCGAUGAAGAGAAGUUAUGUAAUUUGCCAGAAAAUACUUGCCAUACGCAUCAACAAGGCAUCGAAUUGUUUCUGCAAAUUCUUGAGUUGCUUUAA